GUCAAUCACGUGCAGCUGAGCUUGGAGAGGCGGGAGUGGCGACAGCGGCGGCGGCGGCGGCGGCAGUGGCGGUGGUGAUGGGACCCCAGCGAGAGAUCUGCGGCUAGGUUGGCUGCACUUGCUCCACGGGUCGGGGAUUGGAGGGACAGAACUGAAGAAUGAGCUUCUAAAAGAAAGAUCAAAGAAUAAACAGGCAGAGGAGAAGGAGAACAUUGAAGCUGGGAAGAUGACUUCUUGCAGCAACACCUGUGGAUCCAGGCAAGCCCAGGCUGACACCGAGGGUGGGUACCAGCAGCGCUAUGGAGUUCGGUCCUAUCUGCAUCAGUUUUAUGAGGACUGCACUUCCUCUAUCUGGGAGUAUGAGGAUGAUUUCCAGAUCCAGAGAUCGCCUAACAGGUGGAGCUCAGUAUUCUGGAAGGUCGGACUCAUCUCUGGCACUGUCUUUGUGAUUCUUGGACUAACUGUCCUAGCGGUGGGCUUUCUUGUGCCCCCCAAAAUCGAAGCUUUUGGUGAAGCUGAUUUCAUGGUGGUGGACACACAUGCUGUACAGUACAACGGCGCCCUGGAUACAUGCAAGCUAGCAGGGGCUGUGCUCUUCUGCAUCGGGGGCACAUCCAUGGCAGGGUGCCUACUGAUGUCUGUGUUUGCCAAGAGCUAUUCCAAAGAAGAAAAGUUCCUCCAACAGAAGUUUAAAGAGCGAAUCGCAGACAUUAAAGCCCAUACCCAACCCAUCACUAAAACUCCAGGCCCGGGGGACACCAAAAUCCCUGUCACUUUGUCCAGAGUUCAGAAUGUGCAGCCUCUAUCAGCCACUUGAAACAUUUGCCACCUCUCAGGCGUCCCCUCUCUGAUUCACACACAUCAUCGUUAAAAAAGAGGUAGCCAGUCAGUUUUUGAGAUAACAUGCAUUUGGCAGUGACCUACCCCUAGAGCUAUGUGGGGCUGGACAGGGUGUCAUGCAGGCUUACAUGCAGUUCAGGUGACAGUGGAUGUUAUGUGUCAGUCCAUGCCCCCGCUUCUGGUGGGUUCCACCAGCCCCUCUUGAACUAGUCUCUCUGGUGUAUCAAUGUUGUGUUCUUUUCUGUGUUAUUUGAAAACACGGAACAGCAUAGACCAGCCUACCAGUCCUCAACGUGAUCCACUUCAUUCUCUAAUAAGUUUUUCUGAUCCUUCCGUGUGGUGCUGUCUUCCAUGCCUAUCUCUGUAUAUGAUACCAUCACAUGUUCCUAGGAUUGUGGUUUCCUGAUUUUGAUCCAGAUGUUAGACUUUUAACUCUAUCUUAGCAUAAAAGUCCUAAAAGUGAACAGGAAUUUAUAAUGUCCCAUGUAAAUCAUUUUGUUUCCUCUACACGUUGUUUCUUUUCACUCAAGUAAAAUUGCCAAUUUUUUGAAUCUUGAUAAAAGCAACAUCAACAAUGAUACCGGGAGUAUAUAUGUACACAGCAUCUGAAUAUAGUUAAACAUUGGAAAACUUGAGUUCCUGCCAUUAACUUUGCAGUGUAAAAAAAAAAUGUUCCCUGGGUCUCAGUUUUCCCUCCUGUGUAUGAGGGUUUCAGAACCUUUCCUGCUCAAGUAUCCAAAUUUAUUUUCAUGUGUCACUGAGUGUCUUUCCUGAGGAUCUUGUGAUUGUCUCCUGUUGGGGUAGUGUCAGAACUGGACUCCUGGAGUCUCCAAUUCUGCAUAUUUUACAGUAUUUACUCAAAAUACCUAACCAAGCAGGCUGGAUGAUGCCAAUAUGUUUCUAUAGAGACAAGUAUGCUAUUCUCAAAUAAGAAGCCCCAGGUUGGUGUUAACCUUAAAAAGCAUUUUAAUCCUCAAACAGGAAAAACUGAGUCCCAGAUCCCAGAUCCCAUUGUCCCCAGAUCUCUUUGUCCCUUGCGUUUUCAUUUAAUCUGCAAAUGUAGAUUAAACAGAGGAAAGGGCAAAGUCUGACUUUGGUAUUCUCUCAAAUGUGCUUCUUAGAGUUUUUGUCUUUGUAUGUGUACAUAGCCUUCAUUUCAAUGGUAAAUAACACAUGUGAAUGGGCCCGACCAGAACUGCACUGUCAUCCCUCCAGUGUGGCUCUUUUCUCUCCCAACAUGUAAUUUUCCAUUCUGAGACUGAAUAAGCUUUGAUGUUUCCCUGACUAAAUGGAAGAAUAAAUGAAGCAAUUAGUGGUC